UGCAGGGUUUUACGUCACUGUGCUGUGGCAUAUAAUAUAUACUUCAGCUUUAAAGAAGACACGCGUUUUGUGAAAUACCAAAAGAUAAAAUGAGUCGGAGCUACAAUGAUGAGCUACAGUAUUUGGAUAAAAUCAGCAAGAAUUGCUGGCGGAUCCGAAAAGGAUUUGUACCCAACAUGCAGGUGGAAGGUGUUUUCUAUGUGAACGAUCCUUUGGAGAAGCUGAUGUUUGAGGAGCUCCGAAAUGCCUGUCGAGGGGGAGGCUUCGGUGGAUUUCUUCCAGCAAUGAAGCAGAUUGGCAAUGUUGCUGCACUGCCAGGAAUUGUACACCGAUCUAUUGGUCUCCCUGAUGUCCACUCUGGAUAUGGCUUUGCAAUUGGCAAUAUGGCAGCAUUUGAUAUGAGUGACCCCUGCGCUGUAGUUUCCCCAGGUGGCGUGGGUUUCGACAUUAACUGCGGGGUCCGGCUGCUGCGCACCAACCUGGACGAGGGGGAUGUGCAGCCGGUGAAGGAGCAGCUCGCACAAGCCAUGUUCGACCACAUACCUGUAGGCGUGGGCUCGAAGGGAGUCAUCCCCAUGGGCGCCAAGGACCUAGAGGAAGCGCUGGAGAUGGGAGUGGACUGGUCCCUGCGGGAGGGCUACGCCUGGGCAGAAGAUAAGGAGCACUGCGAGGAGUACGGCAGGAUGCUGCAGGCCGAUCCAACCAAGGUCUCCUCCAAGGCCAAGAAGAGAGGCCUUCCGCAGCUGGGAACCCUUGGUGCUGGGAACCACUAUGCAGAGAUCCAGGUGGUAGAUGAAAUUUACAAUGAUUAUGCAGCCAAGAAAAUGGGCAUCGAUCACAAAGGACAGGUGUGCGUCAUGAUCCACAGUGGGAGCAGAGGCCUUGGGCAUCAGGUAGCAACAGAUGCCCUGGUGGCGAUGGAGAAGGCGAUGAAGAGGGACAAGAUUACCGUGAAUGACCGCCAGCUGGCCUGUGCCCGGAUCACGUCUGAGGAAGGCCAGGACUACCUGAAGGGAAUGGCGGCAGCAGGAAAUUACGCCUGGGUCAACCGCUCGUCCAUGACCUUCUUAACCAGACAGGCUUUUUCGAAGGUGUUCACCACCACCCCCGAUGACCUGGACAUGCACGUGAUCUACGACGUCUCUCACAACAUCGCUAAGGUGGAGGAGCACAUGGUGGACGGGAAGCAGAAGACGCUGCUGGUGCACAGGAAGGGGUCCACCAGAGCCUUCCCUCCACACCACCCCUUGAUCGCUGUCGAUUACCAGUUGACCGGACAGCCAGUUCUCAUCGGUGGCACCAUGGGAACCUGCAGCUAUGUUCUGACAGGAACUGAGCAGGGAAUGACGGAGACUUUUGGCACCACCUGCCAUGGAGCUGGCCGAGCUCUUUCUCGUGCGAAAUCACGUCGUAACCUGGAUUUCCAAGAUGUUCUGGACAAACUGGCAGACAAGGGCAUCGCCAUAAGAGUUGCCUCGCCUAAGCUUGUCAUGGAGGAAGCACCGGAAUCAUACAAAAACGUGACGGAUGUUGUGAACACUUGCCACGAUGCUGGAAUUAGUCAAAAAGCCAUCAAACUGAGGCCCAUUGCUGUUAUCAAGGGAUAAACACUUGAACAGUGCUGAAUUUAUUGAAAGGUUUGGGAUUGAAUUGCUUCAUGCGCAAGUUACCAGGGAGGCUGUAUGAUUUUGAGUUGGUGGGGAAAAUAGAAAAGUCUAUGAGAUUUUUAAAAUGAAAUUUAAUGUUGGAUAAAGAUAAUUGACUUCUUUAAAGCCACAAUGUGCAGUUUUGUUUGAAAUGCCUGUUGCAGAGAAUUUGUGUUUGGCAGAAUACACAGAAAUGAAAUGUGAGGUUUUCCGAGUGGAAUUUUGCAAUAUAUGUUCUUAUAAAUGAGACUAAAACCAGAGUAAACGGAUACCUGAUUAUGUUGAUUAAACUUUAAGAUAAAUAUUUUUUUUUCCCUUGUUAAAAUUGUGGCUGCAAAAUUGGACCACUGUAUUUCAUGGCAUAACCAGAAGUAUGCUACAACUUGUUAAUUUAAAUCUAUAUAUCUGAAAAUCUUGAUUACUUAAAAGGGUGGUGUUUAUGAAGUGCUUCAGAACGUCUUGCUCCUUUGGUGCAUGAAUCAUUUUUCCAGGAGUGGGCUACACUCCCUAUGUCUUCCUCUUGUAGCCCGUCUUGUGUUCUACAUGAUGCCCGCUCAUUUGCUUGCAGUCUGUAGUCAUGGAUUUUCAGACAUGGAACUGUACUGCAAAAGUGAAUGAGUUCUGUUAAGUUUUAGAACAGUUUAAGAUCACCAAAACAUCACAUACUGUAAUAUGUUCUGUUGUCAGCUUCUUUACCAGAAAUAAAACAAGAGUUGAUAGUAACAUGGGCAGAGGGUGUGUCCCACAUCCAACUUCACAAUGAAAAAUGAGAUUUUUUUUUUUUUCCUCUGAAUUGAGAGGCUGUGACCCUGGUGAAUGUUUCUGUUCAGAGUUUACAGCAUAGGCUGGGUCGACAGUAAAAAUGGUGUGGGCUUAAAAUAAAACCAAUUGAGUAGCAAA